AGGCGCGGGCGGCCGCAGGGCCGGGGAGGCGCUGGCACCAUGACGCGCUGGCCGCUGCCCCUGCUGCUGCUGCUGCUGGCCGGGCCGCCGCCCGCCGCGCCCGCGCCGCCCACCUGCUACUCGCGCCUGCGGGCGCUCAGCCGCGAGCUCACCCGCGACUUCCAGAGCCUGCAGGCCGAGGAGCCCUCGGAGCCGUGUGUGAAGUACUUGCCUGCGCUGUACCUGGACAUCCACAAUUACUGCGUGCUGGCCAAGCUGCGGGACUUCGUGGCCUCACCCCAGUGCUGGCACGUGGCCCGGGUGGACGCCCUGAAGGACCAAGUGCGGAAGCUGUACACCCUCAUGAACUCAUUCUGCAGGAGGGAUUUGGUGUUCCUGUCGGAUGACUGCAGUGCCUUGGAGUACCCCAGCCCCGGGACCACAGACCUGCCGGGGCUUCAUGCCAGAGAAUGACCCCAAGGGGACUGAGCCACAGCAGCCGCCACUCCGGUCCCUGCCCUGUGCAUCCAAGCUGGCAGGCGGAACCCCUCGAGCCCAGCGAGAGCUGAGCCUGGGGUGUCCCGCCAGGAGGGUGAGGUCCCCAGGCACACGGAUUUGGGCCACUGGGAGAGAUGGGUUCCCCAGCACCCCAUGCGUGAACAGUAGCUCAUGCUGCGUGCCGGAAACCUGCUGACUGCUCACCAACCAGCCUCCUGCCUCCCGCCUUCUGCCACGCGCUCGCCUCCCGCCUGCCUGCCAGCCGUGUGUAAAGAAGUUGUUAAUUGGCUUCUUGGCUGUAUUUGCAAGGGUCUUCGGUAGUGCUGGCAGGAAGCGCUCUUCCCCGGGAAGGUGAUGACAACCGAAUAAAGAAUAAGGUCAGAGCAGCCA